CACACACGGACCACGGUGCAUCAGCCAGUGUUGCCAGUACCACCAUGGCGUCAGGACCUGUGGAGAACAUUAUCCUGCUGGCUGACUGCUACAAGUCGUCGCAUUACAAGGUCUAUCCUCCGGGAACCACCAAGCUCUAUGCCUACUUCGAAUCACGGGGCGGAAAGUUCCCCUACACGGUGUUCUUCGGGCUGCAGUACCUCCUGAAGCGGUGGCUGUGCGGGCCUGUGCUGACGAAGGAGAUGGUGCAGGAGGCGAAGGAGGUGAUCGAUCAGGUCUUCAAGCGGGAGGAUGUGUUUAACGAGGCGGGAUGGAUGCAUAUAUUGGAGCAUCACGGGGGACGGCUGCCUCUUCGCAUCAAGGCCGUGCCCGAGGGGACCGUCCUGCCCACCAAGAACGUCCUCUUCACCGUCGAGAACACGGACCCGGCAGUGCCCUGGGUCACCAACUUCUUCGAGACGCUGCUGGUCCAGACGUGGUACCCCAUGACGGUCGCCACCUCCUCCAGCGUGUAUCGGCGACUCAUCGGCCACUACCUGCGCCUCACCAGCGACUCCGAGGACAUGCUGGAGUUCAUGAUGCACGACGCCGGGUACCGCGGAGUGUCGUCGGUGGAGUCCGCAGCGCUGGGAGGAGCCGGGCACAUGCUCAGCUUCAAGGCCUCAGACACCGUGGCCGGCUCGUCGCUCCUGAGGAAGUUCUAUGGGCUGCAGGGCGUCGCGGGGUACUCCACGCCCUCCUCCGAGCACUCCACCGUCACCAGCUGGGGCCGCGAUGACGAGCUGGCCUCCCACCGACACAUGCUCACCACCUACUCCCAGGGGGACGCGGGCUGUGUAUGCGACUCUUACGACAUCUGGAAGUGCCUGGAGGAGAUGUGGGGAGGCGAGCUGAAGGACCUGGUGCUGGAAAGGGGCGCGAGGGGCGGCUGCGUCUACCUCAGGCCCGACAGCGGCGACCCCAAGGAAGUGGUGCUGAAGUCGCUGGAGAUCCUCGGGAAAGCCUUCGGGACCGAGACCAACGCUAAGGGCUACAAGAUGCUGCCCCCGUGCGUCAAGGUCAUACAGGCGGACGGCAUUGACCUCGAGUCCCUCUGGGGCGUGUUGGAGCACCUCAAGACCCACGGCUGGAGCACCGGCGGCGUCUUCUUUGGGGCCGGCGGGGGGCUGCUGCAGAAGGUGAACCGCGACACCCAGAAGUGCGCCUACAAGGUGAGCUACGCAGAGGUGGGCGGCGCGGGCGUGGAGGUGUACAAGCAGCCCAUCACGGACACGGGCAAGACCAGCAAGCGGGGGAGACUGACGCUGGAGUGUGGCGAUGACGGGGCGAUCACCACGGUGCAGCACGGGGAGGGCGACCCGGAGAAGGACAUCCUCGUGCCUGUGUUCGAGGACGGCGCCCUCCUGCGGGACUACACGUUCGAUGAGGUGCAGCAGCGGGCGCAGGAGGGCGGCAAGGACUUCGACGUCAUUAGUUUUCUGCAGGAGCAAGUGGCGCAGUGAGGCGGCGCGCGGGGAACUAACAUAAGAACAUCAGACAGAUAAUGUAUGACCAAUAAAGGCUACAGCAGGAAA